AAUUUAUUCGACAUGUGAGAUAUAUAUUCAAAGGGAUUUCUGAAAAUUUCUAUGAAUCGAAGGUUCUCAAGGAGAUAUGCUUCAAAUGCAACGAAUCAUAAAGCUACUUCAUGGUAUUCCUUUGUAAAAUGGGAAUGGAGUGUUCCUGUUGGGAUAUCUUUGUCAUUGUUAGGAAUAUUACAAUGGAGGCAUUUACAAAAAUAUCCAUACCCAACUAACAAUGGCAAUGUGUAUGAACCAAUUAGUAUUUUUGUGGUGAAAUGUUCUUACUACUUGCCACUGCGGAUGAUAAGCAGAAUAUGGGGCUGGAUAGCUAGUUUGGAAUUGCCAGUUGUUUUGAGACCAACUCUAUAUGGAUUUUAUGCAAGGACUUUUGAUGCUAAUCUAGAUGAAAUCGAUGUAAACCUAUCAGACUUUCCAAGUCUUGUCGAUUUUUUUGUUAGACCACUUAAAAGCGAUGCAAGACCUAUUGAUCAUAAGGCAAAUAUGGUUUCACCCUCUGAUGGAACAGUAUUACAUUUUGGUCCGGUAACAGCGUGUCGUGUAGAACAAGUAAAGGGGGUAACUUACGAUCUUAAGCAUUUCUUAGGUCAUGUAAAUACACGUUCUUCGGAUGAUGCUCAAAGGUUAACACCAGAUGAUGAUGAUGCUUAUGUAAAGUCGCUACUGAAAAGCCCAAGAAAUCAACUUUAUCAACUAACAGUUUAUUUAGCUCCAGGAGAUUAUCACAGAUUUCACAGUCCAACUGAUUGGGAAAUCGAGUUUCGUAAGCAUUUCCAAGGAAAGCUGUUAAGUGUCAAUCCAAGGGUAGCUAAAUACCUACCGGAUUUAUUCUCAUUAAACGAACGCGUGAUAUACAUUGGAAAAUGGGCUGGUGGUUUCAUGGCUUAUACUGCGGUCGGAGCCACGAACGUAGGUUCCAUAAAAGUUUACUGUGAUAGAGAACUGCAAACAAAUACAUUAAUGUGGCCUGAGGCAAAGCACUGGAAAGAUGCUAGUUUAGGGUGUGCGCGUAUUAGCAAAGGAGAAUUGUUUGGCGAAUUUAGAAUGGGAUCUACUGUUGUAUUGCUGUUUGAAGCUCCAAAAGAUUUCAAAUUCUGCAUACAAGUGGGUCAGACAAUAAAAAUGGGUCAAGCUUUAACCGACUGUAGUGUUGCUGUUGAAGAGAAACCUGCACAUUCGUCAUGACAAUUAAUAAAUCACGUUGCACUCGGCUGGAAAUACGUUUGGAGAGCAGACGCAUGACUGAUCUUUAUUGGCAUUGUUGUUGCUGUCGACACACCUUUAGCGAAACAUUGAUUACAACGAGGAAUGAACGGAAAAUGUCAAAUAAAUUGCCAAAUUUCAAAAACAUCAAUCCCUUGAAACUUU